GAAUUUUGUUUAUCCUCGCUGGUUUCGUGCCUUUAGAUUCUUGACAUGUCAAUCUUGUCGGAUCCUGGAAUUGUCAUCCAUGAAUUUAAGGGCUUCUUUCGUGGAACAACCAUCUUGGAACCACAAGCAUAAAUUGAAGGGAACUAGUGAACUAAAGCAUCAAAAACUCCCGAAAUAGAUACAUGCUAACCCUUGCGCCAUUGAAGUUGUUGCUUGAUUACCCCACCCACGACUUCAAUCCCUAUGACUUGCACAGGUCGCAAAAAAUCGAGGCUUUCAGCUCGUACCGAUCCUUUGAAUGUGCCACCACGGAUCCAAUUCACCCACCCUGCCCCAGAUGACGAAGACAUUGAUGAUGAAGUGUUUGUUCAGCCAUCGGGUCCCAACAAAGAGAAUCUGGUCCCAGGGUUCCUUUCUCCCAGUCCAAGACGGAAGCGGUUGUCUUGCGGCGUGCCCAGCUUGAGUCACUCCCCAUCUCUCAAUGAAAUCCUUUGUCUGAAUAGCCCUGGACGAUGGGACCUCCAAAGACAAAGUCUGGACUCCCGCAAAGACUUGCAUUAUAUUGGUCGAGGCAGUUUUGGAUCCGUGAUCUUGGGCUCAUGGAAGGGUCAAAAAGUGGCAGUCAAAGUGAUAUCUAGAGAUUCACCAAACAAAAAGAUCAGUAAGAAGGCCCGAUCGAAUUCGGUGGAGAGUGAGCUAAACGCCACGGAUUUGUGCCAUCCUAAUGUGGUUAAGAUCCACGCUAUGUUUGACCACAAGGAGGCUCCUAACACGAUUAUCAUUAUGGAAUACGUCGGAAAAUCCAGUUUACAGCGCAUCAUUGACCAUAAUCAAGCCCUCCUCACACCAGGAUUUGUGCACAAAUGCUUUGUGGGUGUGGCCAGUGCCAUGAAGUACAUUCAUUCCAUGGGCAUCCUUCAUUUGGACAUCAAGGCGAAUAACGUGUUCGUGUCCUCGUUUGGCGACAUCAAACUCGGUGACUUUGGAUGCUCUCGCAUGGCCGAUUCACAUCACAUCAAAGAAGGAUCGCCUUGCAAAGACACUCUCGUGGGUACACCAGGAUUCCAAGCUCCAGAAUUUCUCCGUGGAGCUAGACCCACAGCCAAAUGUGACAUCUACUCCUAUGGGGUGUUCUUGUGGCAAGUCAUCAACCGAGAAAUCCCAUUUCGAUCCGUUCAUGCACAUAGUAUCAUAUUCCAGGUUGUAUCCCAAGACCGCCGGCCCUGUCAUCAUAUUCAGAGUAAUAAGCGGACACCUUUUCAAGACUUGUACGAACAGUGCUGGCAAACCGACAUGAAGAGUCGACCCGAGGCUUCACAAAUCCUUCUCAAGUUGGACAAGAUCAAGUUUGCGGACCCACUUGUCGCCCGAAAAAAGUCUUCAAUGCGAUUUUAGACUAUUUAAGCCUCGGGUAAUGCUUACCCCACUCCUUUUUACUUCACCCUAUGCUAAAUAUCGUCACCCAUUCAUGUCCCCAUGGGUUGUAUGUUAGAGUGUUGCCAAUAGCCAGUCACCCGUGGGCACUUAUUCCCCACAUUAAUGAUAUUACAAUGACUGCAAUCUCUAUAUUACACCAAAGGCCCAUGGGAGUAAGUUGAUACUAUCGGGGUGGGGUUGCGGUGACUAGAAAUGUUGUUGUUGAAUACGAAUCAUCUAAUGAACUCUCCUUUUACGAAUGACCUUGAAUUUCUCUCCUUGAAAUUUGACCCGUAUUUAUUGAAUGUGUUAUGAACUUCCAAUAUUGCACCCAAUAACCUUCAGGUGUAAGAACUUUAACAAAUAUAUACUAAUGCAACAGA